AUGGCGGGGCAGAGGGUCGAGGUCGACGGCGGGAUCAUGGAAGGGGGCGGCCAGAUCCUGAGGGUCUCCACGGCCCUGAGCUGUCUUUUGGGCCUCCCCUUGCGGGUGCAGAAGAUCCGAGCUGGCCGCAGCACUCCUGGCUUGAGGCCUCAACAUUUAUCUGGACUGGAAAUGAUUCGAGAUUUGUGUGAUGGGCAACUGGAGGGGGCAGAAAUUGGCUCAACAGAAAUAACCUUCACACCGGAGAAGAUCAAAGGUGGAACCCACACAGCAGAUACCAAGACAGCAGGGAGUGUGUGCCUCUUGAUGCAGGUCUCAAUGCCCUGUGUUCUUUUUGCUGCUUCUCCAUCAGAGCUUCGUUUGAAAGGUGGAACUAAUGCUGAAAUGGCACCACAGAUUGAUUACACAGUGAUGGUUUUCAAGCCAAUUGUUGAAAAAUUUGGUUUCACAUUUAAUUGUGACAUUAAAAUGCGGGGCUACUACCCAAAAGGGGGUGGUGAAGUGAUUAUUCGAAUGAAUCCAAUUAAACAAUUGAACCCAAUAAAUUUAACUGACCGUGGCUCUGUGACUAAGAUAUAUGGAAGAUCUUUUGUUGCUGGUGUUUUGCCAUUUAAAGUAGCAAAGGAUAUGGUGGCAGCAGCAGUGAGGUGCAUCAGAAAGGAAAUCAGGGAUCUGUAUGUUAACAUCCAGCCUGUACAGGAAUCUAAGGACCAGGCCUUUGGCAAUGGAAAUGGAAUAAUCAUUAUUGCUGAGACAUCGACUGGCUGUUUGUUUGCUGGAUCAUCACUUGGGAAACGAGGUAUAGAUAAAGGGACCUGCAUUUGCAAAUGCCACUAUAAAAAAUUUCAUGAUCUGUUUUUCUUUCUCCCAUACUUUUAUCUCAUUGCUCUCAAGCCAGCAGAGUGUACACUGAUCAUUUUCAUGGCAUUAGCCAAUGGAGUUUCCAGAAUAAAAACAGGACCAGUUACACUCCACACACAGACGGCUAUACAUUUUGCUGAACAACUAGCAAAGGCUAACUUUACUGUGAAGAAAUCAGACGAUGAAGAAGAUGCCUCUAAAGAUACUUACAUUAUUGAGUGCCAAGGAAUUGGGAUGAUAAAUCCAAAUGUAUAG